AAAUCACGGGGACGAGGUUUCUACCUCAGCUUCUACCUCAGCUUUCCUUACUCUAUGGGUUUACACACGGUACGGUUUGCACGUGUAAAGAUUUGCCGUUUUCAAGACUUUGUUUUUGGAACAGUAAAACCUAAACCAAGAUGGCGAAGAGUAUCCGCAGUAAACGCAUGAAGAAGCUCCGGGCCAUCAAGAGGGCCAGGAACGGACCGAGGGAAACAAAACGCUUGAAGAAGAUUCUUGGUCUCCUAAAACCAGAGGAAGAAGACGUAAUUAAGAAAGUCUAUAAAUUUGAGGAUCUCAGAGAGCUGAUCACCAAACCAGGUGUCAAUCAAGCAUCAGGAACGAAAUACGACUUGAGAUACGUACCGGACAGAGACAAGAUCAAGGGAACCGGUGAAGCAGCCGAAGAUGCUAUGGUUGAUGAGAACAAUGAGAACGAAGAGGAAAACAAAUUGGAUGCUGAGCAGCUAGAAUCCAUGGAGACAGACGGCGAGGACAAGAAGAAGGGAAAGGGUCUCAAGAAUGAGCACGGCAACUACCCCAUCUGGAUGAGCCAUCGGAAAAUCAAGAAAAUCAAACGGAAAGGAAGACUGAACAAGCACAAACUCAAACGAGCCGGAUCUGGCAAAACGUUUUGAGUACUUUUAUGUUUUUUUUUUUAUUUAAACAUUUUUUGUUGAGUAUUUUUUUGUUUAACUCAUUGAAUACCAGCGGCUCAUUUCUAUGUGACUCACUGGUAAAUGAUGAAACCUUUGGAUCCAUUCGACUCACCGUGGCUCAAAGUUUUAAAGACCUCUGAAGGGAAUACGAAGAGGAAUGUUUCAAUUUUCGAAUAAAAUGAAAUGAAAAAUGGUUCAAUCUUGAUCCACAACAAAACGUGUAAAUUGUUGCGCAAAUAUUCAAUAUCAUGAAUUACAAUUGUUCAGCUUUUAGUGAAACAAAAGACAGAGUUUCGUAAAGGAGUCGGAUCAGAACUACUGUUGAUGGAAUGAUUUAAGGGUCUUCACUCUAGUUCAUGGUUUAGGAUGGUCUUCAUUACAGAUGUUAGUUUUGUUACAUAGUUGCCAAUAGCACAAAUUAUUGAAGAAGAGAUAACAGUAUCAAACAAUCAUCUGGAUCAAAGUGAACCAAAUUUGUAGAGUUGCCUCCUAUAGUCCCUCGGAGCCAAUCAAGACUAGGUCUGGAGUCAAUGUGAUUACGUCAUUCUUUAAUAUCUUUAUUGUACAGAUAAUUGAUUGUUUAUGCUCUGUAGAAGCGCAAUAAACUAAACAGGAUGGAAAAUUA